AUGGGGGAUUUAAGAAUUGGGUAAAUUUCUAGAGGCUAAUGGACCCGAGAGCAGACAAAUAAUAAAUGUGUAGAAUCAAGUAUACAGCCAUCUACUGAAAACUUUAGCGAGUAAGACUGUAAAUAAGUCUAAAAAAACGAUUAAGCUUAAGUAGAAUAAAUUAAUUAUUUUGAAGAAUGUUAUGAUAAAAAUAACUAGUCUAUGGCAGUUGAGAAAUUUUUUAAGGAUAAUUAAAUUUAACUUAAUGCAGAUUCUAAAUAAGAAUCAUUGAAUACGUCUAAUUAGUCGCCAAACCUAAAUUUUUCAAAGAUUAAUGAGAGCAACGAUUAAAUUAAUAGAUCUAAAGUUACUAACUAAAGAUAGCAUAGGCCAUCUUACAGAUUCAAACCUGAUGAACUAAAUAAUUAGCUUGAAUCAGGUUUUAAGAAAAGAAAAAAUUAAAAAACGCAGCAGACUUUUGGCGGAACAAAAUUUAAUUCAUCUGAGAGUAUUAACAAUGAAGAAACUUUAAAAUAGAAAUCGACAAAAAAAUUACAAAGUAGAACAACUCAAUAAGUUUGGAAAAACAAUUUUUUUAACAUAUUAUUUUUCUUCAACAGAUUUAUUCACAGGAACAAAUAAAGGUUGAUAUAUUUUAAGCCUCAAGAACUUCUAAGAAACUAGUGGGAUGCAAUUAAUGACUUAGAUCCAAUACCUGUUAUUUUACCUUACAAUAAGGUCUCUAUUUUUUGGGAUUUCAUCACUAUUUCAUUUAUUUUCUUAAACUCCUUUUUACUUCCUUUUGAAAUAGCUUUUAAUAAUGGCGAAAAUGUUAAUCCUCUUAUUGCAUAAAUCACUCAAUUAGUAUUUUUGCUUAACUUUUUAGUAUAAAUGAACACUGCUUAUUAUGAAAAUGGUGUAUUAUAAAAAAACAGAUCAAAGAUAUUUAUUAAUUUUUUACAAAAUCAUCUCCUAUUUGAUUGUGUAGCAUACUUGUCCUUGUGGUCAGAUUAGAUAGGCUUUAUAAAAUUAAAGAUUUUAUUUUUAAUAAAAUACUUUUCAUUCUAUGAAAUAAUUGAAAAAUUAGCAGAAUCAUUUAAAUUUUCUUACAAUUACAACUUUCUUGUUGAUUUGCUCACUUUAUUUGUAGAAAUAACUUUACUUUGCCACUUAUUCGCAUGUGCGUGGUUUAUGAUAGGAGACUAUCAAUAGAACAACGAAAUGCUUAAUAAUUGGGUUAAUGUUAAUAAUCUUGUAGGUAGUUCAAUAUCAUCCUAAUAUGUUUCAUCAAUUUAUUUUUCUGUAGUUACUAUUGGCACUAUCGGCUAUGGAGAUAUAGUUGCUAAGAGUGAUAUCGAAAAAGUGUUUAUCUGCUUUAUGGCUAUUUUUACAUCUGUCAUAUUUGGUUAUAUUCUUACAAAUAUAUAAAAUGUUUACAAAGAUUAUCACUCAAAAAGAAAAGUUUACAUCAGACAUUUAGCUGAGCUGAAUAACUAUCUUUAUAGCAGAGAUGUGAAUCCCCACUUGCAGUAAAUGGCUAGAAAGUAUUUGAAAUACAUUCAUACUCAAAAUUUCUCUAAAAGAGUGCUGCCAAAUGAGACUCUGAAUGUGUUAAGUAAAUUUUUAAAAGAAGAAAUUAUAGAAGAAAUAUUCUAUAGAUCAAUAAAGAAUAUCCCUUUUCUUCAAUAAUUUAGUCAUUAAUUCUUGAAUGCCUUAGCCCUUAAAAUGAAAGAAGUGAACUAUGGACCUGAUGAAAUAAUAAUGAAAACGGGAAGUUAUCAAGUACCUUAGUUAUAUUAUAUAGUACAGGGAAGAGUAGAGAUUUAAUUAGAUUAAUCCAGCAAAUAAAACUAAAAAUAAAGUCCAUUCUCUGAAUACAAAACUUUUUUUGAACACAAGGAAACUUAAUCUUUUGGUUAAUAUGAGUUUUUUUCUCAAACUCAUUAAUCGUAAAUAAAUGUGAAGAGUUUGGAGUAAACUACUUUGCAUUAAAUCCUUUUGACUGAUUUUAUUGAUGUGCUUAAUUAGUUUUAGGUAGAUAAAGAAAAAUAUCAAGAAUUAAAAGAUAAACUGAAUCUGAAUGAGAAUUACUCAUGUGUAAACGUUUUUUGUUAAUCAUGUAAAAGCAAUUAGCAUUUACUCAGGGACUGUCCUUUAUUUUUUUACAAACCACAAAAAUUUAAAAUCGUAAGACUUUACAAUUGGUAGAUAGAUUUUGAAAGAACUCUAAUAACAAGAUCUACAGAUAGACUAAUUCUUAAUUCACUAGCGUUUUAGCAAGAAAUUGAAGAUGAUUGUAUAUUCUUUAGAGAGGAAAAUUAAGAAGAGUUGGGAAGUAUGAUAUAGCUAGAAGGUGAUGAAGAAUAUUAAAACAAAUAAAAACUCAAAAACCAAAAAAGAAUGUCAUGUGACAUCCAAAGUCUUAACUUACUUUCAAAAGAUAAGCAUACAAGUUCAAAAAUUUCAAUAUCAAUUCCAAGAUUAAGUGUCUAGUAAAGCAAUAAUUCUGCAUUGUCAACUAUUUAAGUUGAGAAUAAAGUAUCUGAAAUAUAAACGGAUGAGUUAAAAUUUGAUUUUUAAAAUGAAACAUAACAGCAAUCAAUGAAUAGCAUCAAAAAAGAGACAAGCAAAAAUAAAUUAGAAAAUUAAACUAAUCAAUCUAUUAAAUCUAUUAUAUCCUCUCACUCAUCUGAAUCUGAUUCUGAUUCUUCUUAAUCAUCAUCAUCGUCAUCAUCUUCUUUAAGAGACAAAAAAAUUAAAAAAUAGCUAAAAUAAAAUAAUGCCUCAAGAAAAUCAAUAAAUGAGAUCUGUGGUCCAAAUUAAAAAAGUAGAAUGUCGUUAUCAAGAAUUAAUACUAAGCAAGAGUUUUAAAAAAAGGCAACUCUUCUUUCAGCUAGGACAAAAAAGAAUUGGUCUUUGCUUGAAAAGAGUAAAAGUCUAAAUGAUGUGUAAUUAUUGGUAAGACCAUCCUUGACAUAAUAAAUUAAUUUAAAUGACCCAAAACUUGCAACAUAAGUGAAAUAAAAUUAUAAAAGAUUAAUUACAAUAGGUUAAAUGCAGCAUGUCUUAGAACUGAUGCAAAUGUAAAAUGCACAGAAAGCUGCAAAAUAGAUGAUUGAAAAUAAUGAAGACAUCACAACAGAAACUGUAAGAACGUUUAAAAUAUAUUUACCUCAUAACAAUAUAGGAAAUAUUAUCAAAGAACAUUAAAAAUUAAAAUUGAAGUAAAAAUUAAAGAAGAAAAUUAUAUAAACUGUAGACAUAGACAAUUCGUUCAACUUGAAUAAUAAAUAGAUACUGCCUAAAUAGUGA